AUGGAAGACAUUUAUUUAGAAUACAAAAUACAGUCGAUGUAGAAAGGAUCAGAGGAUUAAACAGGAGGGAAGAGAUAAUUAUAAAUAGAAUAAGAACUGGGCAUAGUUUCCUAAAAGGAACUCUUUUUAAGAUGGGGAAACACCUUACUGGUUUAUGUAGAUGGUGUGAUGAAGUAGAAACAGUGGAACAUGUUUUGAUUAAAUGUAGGAAAUACGCAAGUCAAAGAAGAUUAUUAAAAACAGAACUAGGUGUUAGUAGGGAAUUGAAAUUUGAGAAGGUGAUCGAUCAGCUAAAUAGUAUUGAGGGGAAAAAGAAGAUUUUUCGUUUUUUAAAAAACACUGGGAUUUUUAAGAGAAUUUGAGGUGUAGAUGGUAGGAGUCAAUAGAGGGCAGUAGUGCAACGUAAAUGGAUGCAAGCUGCCGUUAAAAUCUAAAGAAGAAGAAGAAGAAGAAAAACCCCGACAAAGACAAAGAGGACGGCCGGCACGUGGUCUGUUUCGAGUUUCUCUAAAAAUAUCUUCAGUCCAGUUUAAACGAGUUUAUCAACGAGCCGUUAACUGCUGCUGAAGAAACAUUCACAGAGUUUAAAGAAAUCAUCGUCAAGUCGGAGGAAGAGAUGGAUGAUCAUCGCAGACUGCUGGAUUUCUCCCGGAGGCCCCAGAUAAUCUUACACCGAAUAGAUUCCCUGAAGUGUAACGUUUGUAACCAGGAGAGGAGAUCCACUCUGGACCAGGAGGAGUUAGAACCUGUGCAGGUGAAACAAGAACAGGAAGAGCCAGAAGAUCAUCAGAUAAAAGUGGAAGAGAAAGAAGUUUACUGCAGUCAGGCUGAAGAACAGAUUGAAUUAAAACAGGAGACUGAUACCUGCAUGUUGGUUCCUGUUGAUGAGCAAACAGACCACAGUGAAUCAGAACCAAACAGGAACCAAGACAUCUUCCAGGAAACUGCUGAAGCUGAGAACCAAAAUCGGGAAAGAAGAAAACCUUUCUCAUGUGUCAUCUGUAAAAAGCGUUUGACUUUCAAAUCUGAUUUUGAUGCUCACAUGAGAACUCAUACGGGUGAAAAGCCAUUUUCAUGUGUGAACUGUGGAAAAGGUUUUAGUCAAAAACUUAGUUUAACUCAGCACAUGAUGAUUCACACUGGUGAAAAGCCAUUUUCAUGUGUGAACUGUGGUAAAAGUUUUAGUCGAAAACGGCAUUUAACUCAGCACAUGAUGAUUCACACUGGUGAAAAGCCGUUUUCAUGUGUGAACUGUGGUAAAUGUUUUAGUCGAAAACGGCAUUUAACUCAGCACAUGAUGAUUCACACUGGUGAAAAGCCAUUUUCAUGUGUGAACUGUGGUAAAAGUUUUAGUCAAAAACUUAGUUUAACUCAGCACAUGAUGAUUCACACUGGUGAAAAGCCAUUUUCAUGUGUGAACUGUGGUAAAAGUUUUAGUCGAAAACGGCAUUUAACUCAGCACAUGAUGAUUCACACUGGUGAAAAGCCGUUUUCAUGUAUGAACUGUGGAAAACGUUUUAGUCAAAAACAGGAUUUAACUCGGCACAUGAUGAUUCACACUGGUGAAAAGCCGUUUUCAUGUGUGAAUUGUGGAAAAAGUUUUAGUCAAAAACAGCAUUUAACUCGGCACAUGAUGAUUCACACAGGUGAAAAGCCGUUUUCAUGUGUGAACUGUGGAAAAGGUUUUAGUCGAAAACUUAGUUUAACUGAACACAUGAUGAUUCACACUGGUGAAAAGCCGUUUUCAUGUGUGACCUGUGGAAAAGGUUUUUGUCAAAAACAGGUUUUAACUCUGCACAUGAUGAUUCACACAGGUGAAAAGCCGUUUUCAUGUGUGAAUUGUGGAAAAGGUUUUAGUCAAAAAGGGCAUUUAACUCAGCACAUGAUGACUCACACUGGUGAAAAGCCGUUUUCAUGUGUGACCUGUGGAAAAGGUUUUAGUCACAAACAGCAUUUAACUCGGCACAUGAUGACUCACACAGGUGAAAAGCCGUUUUCAUGUGUGAAUUGUGGAAAAGGUUUUAGUCACAAACAGCAUUUAACUCUGCACAUGAUGAUUCACACUGGUGAAAAGCCGUUUUCAUGUGUGACCUGUGGAAAAGGUUUUUGUCAAAAACAGGUUUUAACUGAGCACAUGAUGAUUCACACUGGUGAAAAGCCGUUUUCAUGUGUGAACUGUGGAAAAAGUUUUAGUCAAAAACAGCAUUUAACUCGACACAUGAUGACUCACACUGGUGAAAAGCCGUUUUCAUGUGUGAACUGUGGAAAAAGUUUUAGUCAAAAACAGGACUUAACUAAGCACAUGAUGAUUCACACUGGUGAAAAGCCGUUUUCAUGUGCGAUCUGUGGAAAAAGUUUUAGUCAAAAACAAUAUUUAACUCGGCACAUGACGAUUCACAAUGGUGAAAAACCGUUUUCAUGUGUGACCUGUGGAGAAAGUUUUCGUCACAAGGUGAGUUUAAUUCACCACUUGAGGCGUCACACAGUUGAAAAGCAGUAGAAGUAUUUUCCAUACAUGUUCUAUGUUGAGGUUCACUAUAGAACUGAUUUGGUUUAAAACUAGAAUGAAAGACUGGAGGGGUUUCAUGUCUAUAAAGCUGAAAAUUGUUGUAUUUGUUAAAUGUGAUCAUUUGGAUACUUGUAGAUGUGCAACCAUGACACAUUUUCCUUCAGAGAUGCUUUCUUGUUUUUUUUUUGGCAUAUUCUGUAUCAAAAAACAAUAAUGAUAAACUGUAUGUUAUUGUAUUAACAUACUGUUUGUGUCAAACUGUAUGUUGUGUGUGUACAACGUGAAGAGCAGAGGGCUCAGCACACAGCCCUGAGGAGUGCCAGUACUGAUGCUGAUAGAUGAAGAGGCUUGGGGGCCCACUGACUAUUUCAUGCAUUAACAGAGUCUGACCGGACAUGGACUCCCUUCCAGAACAUUCUCACAUGAUUGGACUUGAGGGAUUGAUUUGUAUUAUUCUGUACCAUAGAGAGUGAGUGGGGUUUAUUUUUGUAGUUUUUUAAAUCAACAAUAGGAUGUACAGAAUUGAGUGUUUUCAAAACAUCUGCAAAAAUAGUAUUUGUGAUAGUUUUGUCUUUAAAGUAAAAUGAGUUUUCUUUCAAAUUAUUGUGACCAGUUUUACUCUACCUAAUUAAAAUCUUUUCAAAUGAAUGAAAACUCAUUUGUACUUUAAAGAAAAUGCAAGAUUCACCACAAACUAAUUUUCAUGCAUUGAUUGCACAAAGUACAUGUGAUUAUUUUCAAUUAUUUGCUUUUUUUCUCUAGUUUUAGCUGUAAUAUUUUGCUCUUUUUUGCUGCAUGCAUUUAUGUUGAAACAAUUUUUAUGUGUAUUUAUAUAUGUAUUUUAGAAAGAAGUUAAAGUGUAACAUUUCAUUGAAGAUUAAAAGUUUUGAGUUUUCCUUUA